GAACUGGUGGAGGAUGUCUGGAGAGGGGAAGCACAGGACCUUCUUACCCAAAUUGCACAGCUGCAGGAGGAGAAUAAGCAACUGAUGACAAACUUGUCACACAAAGACAUUAAUUUCACAGAAGAGGAGUUUCAGAAGCAUGAAGGAAUGUCAGAGAGAGAGCGGCAAGUCAUGAAGAAGCUGAAGGAAGUGGUAGAUAAACAGAGGGAUGAAAUCAGAGCAAAGGACCGCGAACUUGGACUUAAAAAUGAGGAUGUAGAGGCUCUUCAGCAGCAACAGAACAGGUUAAUGAAAAUUAACCAUGACCUGCGGCACCGGAUCACUGUCGUUGAGGCUCAGGGGAAGGCGCUGAUUGAGCAGAAGGUGGAGUUAGAAGCAUAUCUGCAAACCAAGGAGCAGGAGAUGGGCACCCUGCGAGCAGAGCUGGGGAAACUGAGAGAAAAACUGCAGGGGGAGGACAGCCAAAAUGGGGAGGAAGUAAAGACAGAACCAAACAAUGAUGACUGCCUCUCAGAGUCAGAAAAGAUGGCACUGGACUUAAAAGAUCCGAAUCGUCCAAGAUUCACCUUGCAGGAGCUCCGGGAUGUCCUUCAUGAGAGGAAUGAAUUGAAAUCUAAAGUAUUUUUACUUCAAGAGGAGCUUUUAUAUUACAAAAGUGAGGAAACAGAAGAAGAAACUAGAUCCCCUCAACCUACACCCAUAAUUCAGUCAAAACCUGCAACUCAGCCUGAAUCUGGAAUCAAACGACUGUUUAGUUUCUUCUCUCGCGAUAAGAAACGUAUGCAGGCAUCACAGAAAAAUGUCCACUUCCAGGAUACUUUUGGAGAAUGGUCAAAUUCAAAUAAAGAUGACUCCUACACCGAACAAGGACAAGAAGCCCUGCAGCACCUGUGACUAACACCUUGAGGUGUUCAGUUGACCGCUGUAGAUCUCGACAGUCUAGUAACAAGAAGCUUCUGUAAACAAAUCCGGCAGCUCAUCACUUUUCUUUGCCUUGCACACCUCGGUGGUUGUGUGUCAGAUGUACUCUUCAAAAGGGAUCCCUCACUGUUUACUUGGUGACUGUUUGCUGAAAACAAAAUCCAAGCUUUGUAGGAACAGUCACUGAUACCCUGAAGGACAUCGAAGCUUCUAGAUGACUUGUUUUGUGCUGAAUAACAAGUCUAUGGUCUUGUUCAUGCAUUAACUACAGUAACACAAGCUUCUUUAAACCAAAAAA